GCAACUAAGACGAUACAUACUGAACGGGGCCGGAGUUUCAGCGCUAAUGCACCCCAUCUGAAAGUGAAGUGCGUUCGACGUCUGUCUGUGUUUGUGUUUCCGAAGGCACAGGAGUUUUAGAUUUCGACCGUAACUUAUUCAGACUUGCAAAGGAUCGCAAAAGCAUGGCGAAAGGAAUCUCGACAGCUCAGGCUCCUUCCGUUCUUCACGCGGGCUUGUGCCCAGCUGGUGAAACCUCCCAGUUGACAAGUCGGCAACGGACGAUAUGCGGGCAUCUCGCACCCAUACAGAAUGAAGCCUUGGUACAUCUGUCCACGUUCCACUCAACUCCGCAGUCUUCAGGCUCUGAAAGGCCACGACGUAGCUCUCCGAACGAACAAACCAUAGUUACAGCAAAAUUUGCGAACGACAUCCCGUCGUCUCAGACGGCCUUCGUGCAUGAAGCGUACGGCAUAUUCGCUUUCUUUCAGAGUGGCGUGAGGACAGCCCUUGCUGGUGGACAAGGAGUUGGUGGGAGACCAGGAUUUGCAGGGCGGAAGUCUUUAGGGCUCGGCGCCAGUCAGCGAGCCGGACAUGGAGCAACCGAACAACGAGGAGUGCCGGGAAUCCUUUCCGCCAAGGUGCGGAAAAUUGCAUUGCAGACAUGUGGUCAAUAUCGAAAGAUCAUGGAGGAGUAUGUGCAAACUGUGCAUGAAUCCUCCGCCAGGGACCAAAGCGUCUCGAAUACAUUCAGCGCAGCGCAUAGUGCGUUUGAGUUGCUCGAGUUGGUCCACCUGAAGAGCGACGUUCUCGAUGGUCCUGGCCAAUGGGAUUAUGUGCAAAAGGACUUUGCAACCUGGGUCGAUAACCACUAUGCUGCACAAUACGCAGAAGACUAUGAACCACUGCAAAACGUGAUGAGUCCGAGGGAGCAUCCAAAAUACUGGAAGAUCGUUUUCCAAAGCCUACUUCGUGGCCACCUCCUCAUCGCUACGGCACUUCUGAAGCGACACCCGGACUACGUAUCACCUACAGCGAUGAACACACCCUUACGCGGACUUUCCAGCACCAUGGGCAUUGGAGCAACAAGGGAGCCUACAGUUGCCAUGGUGCUGCGGAUGAUCAACUCAAUGCCCCAUCCCAAAGCCUACGCACAGCAGUUGCAAUUUGAAGAAGCCCUUCGACAGUGGAGGGACGAAGUGACGCGGGCGCAAGGGUUACUGAAAAAGCUACCUUCCAGCACACCAGACUUGUCGGAGCUUACGAGGGUGUUGCAGAUGGUCAGCGGAGAGACGACGGUCAUUCUGCAGACAGCGGAAGAUUGGAGAGAAGGGUUAUCCGGGCUGAUUCACUUCGUGCACCCCAAUAUCAAACGCUACGAAAUUGUAGAGCUUCUCGGCAAAGUCAAUGCUUCUGUCGACGAGUCUUCCUCACAAGAACUGAUGGAGAUAUCGAUCAUCGAGGGUAACUUUGCGCGAGCGAUCCGGUAUGCCACGAAAUUUGACUGGUGGUUUGUGGCGCAUUUCGUCGAUCUGCUGCAUCAUAUCGGAUUACUCGAUGAUGCCACCCUCAUGUCAUCGAUUCCAGGAAUCGGUGACGCCCGGGAGAAACUAUCACCUCGCGAUUGGUUCGUCUUGAGUUACGGCGAGAUAUUACUGGCAAAUCCCACGCUUUGGAGGCUAGGUCUUGAAUACACGGCAACCAGCACAUCGACCGGCAGAGCAGUGCUGGAAGCUAUCCUGGUCCGUAUCCCUCUCGACGGCGCAGCAUUAAAGCGAAAGAAGCUGCUUGCCUUUUGCGAACGUUACAAGCUGGAUCACGCCGCACAGCAGAUACACCGCGUUGUCGCCAGGGAUUGCUAUGCAGAAGGUCGCCUUGGGGAAGCCAUCGAGCACUACAUCGAGGCGCGUGAGCACGCGAAAGUCUCACGUUUGGUCGAACAGCUCAUUGACUCCUACCUUGCGACGUCGGAUAUGAUGUGGAGGGAAAUCGCCGGUCGGCUGCGAAGCGAGGCAGUCAAAAGCAACGUUCGUUUAGCUUUCCUCGUUCGCUACCGGGAAUUCCACGAUCUUCAUGACGCGAACGACCUUGUCAAAGCCGGUCGGCUCCUGGUCGAAAUACUGCAAGCUUCGUUCAACGAGACCAAUGCCAGGCUGCUUCCAAAACGGUUCGUCUUCACCACACUCCUCGACUGCCUGCGUUUGCUGAACGGCGAGGCAACAACAGAGCUUGUUUUUGGGGUGCGGGAUACGAUGGAACUGAUGAGAUGUCUGGAAGAUAUUGCAACUAGUCAUCGGCGGCAAGAGUACUUGGGCGCCUGGGUGGCUGCCAAGGAAGGUGGGGAUGUCACCUCAGGCGUGGCCAAGGCGGAGGCACAAUUGCAACUAGUGAGAGAGGCGUUGGCGAGAAAUCUCGCAAGGGCGUACUUGGAGCACAUGCCAUGAUAUCUACAUCUACAUGUGACGUGUCGACAGCCUCACUGCGUGUACAUAGUGUGUUAUACCGGGGCUCUACGACUGUUGUCUCUGCCUACUUAUGAUUCCCAUCAUGGGAAUAAGAUCCGAAAGAGAAAGCCGUGCUAUUUCUACUGCUGUCUGUUCACACCUUCAUGCUUCUUCGAAGAAAUCGC